GUGUGCAAACAGAUUUGGCUAGGCCUAUUUGAUGAUAGAUCAUCAGCAAUUCCAGACUUCAGGGAUCCACAGAAAGUAAAGGAGUUUCUCCAGGAAAAAUAUGAAAAGAAAAGAUGGUAUGUUCCUCCAGAACAAGCAAAGGUGGUGGCAUCAGUCCAUGCAUCCAUAUCGGGGUCUUCUGCUAGUAGUACAAGCAGUACACCCGAGGUGAAACCUCUCAAAUCUCUCUUGGGAGAAGCUGCACCUGCACUGCACUUAAACAAGGGCACACCCAGCCAAUCUCCUGUUGUAGUUCGUUCUCAAGGACAGCAGCAACAAGAAAAGAAACAAUUUGACCUCCUCAGUGACCUUGGCUCGGAUAUUUUUGCUGCUGCUCCUCCUCAGUCAACUGCAACAGCAAAUUUUGCUAACUUUGCACACUUCAACAGUCACACAGCGCAGAACUCUGCAAACGCAGGUUUUGCAAACUUUGAUGCGUUUGGACAGUCUAGUGGCUCGAGUAAUUUUGGAGGUUUCCCCACAGCAAGUCAGUCUUCUUUUCAGCCCCAAAAUACAGCGUUCAGAACGCUUUCAUCUAGCUGCAGUUUGGGUGAAUUUACUUCAGCUUUUCCUCUCCAGGCUGUACACAGUGGAAGUGCUGGAUCUGCCAAUGCUAACUUUGCUCACUUUGAUAACUUCCCCAAAUCCUCCAGUGCUGACUUUGGAGCCUUUAAUGCUUCUCAGAGCAACGCAGCGGCCACUGCAGCCAGUAAAGCUGCAGCGAAUAAACCGAACCUCCAGCCAGCUGACAAAUACGCAGCUCUUGCCAAUUUAGAUAAUAUCUUCAGUGCAGGACAAGGUGGCAGCGAGCAGGGCAGCGGGUUCAGUCCGGCCGUGUCGGCGUCG